AUGGACUCGCAACCUCCUGACAGCGCGUUCCCGGCUGCCUUCAGUGCCCAUACAUCACGUAUCACGAGGGCAUACCAAACAUAUCUAGACAAAGCAACUCCAUUUGUAACCUACAGAUGGGCUGGAACGAUCUUUUUACUACUGGUCUUUAUGGCGAGAAUUUUGGUGGCUCAGGGGUGGUAUAUUGUUUGCUACUCACUCGGGAUCUACCUCCUGAAUCUCUUUCUCGCUUUCCUAACCCCUAAAUUCGACCCUUCACUCGAACAAGAUGAAGAGCUCGAGUCUGGUGGGCCAAGCGCUCUCCCGACUAAACAAGACGAGGAGUUCAGGCCCUUCAUUCGCCGUCUCCCAGAGUUCAAAUUUUGGCAUUCGGCGACUAGAGCUAUUGCGAUCGGAUUCUGUUGCACCUGGUUUAGCGUGUUUGACAUCCCAGUGUUUUGGCCUGUACUGGUCAUCUACUGGUUUGUUCUGUUUGCGCUCACAAUGAGGAGGCAAAUCCAGCACAUGAUCAAGUACCGCUACAUUCCUUUCAGUCUUGGAAAGACUCGGUACUCUAGAUCUUAA